ACACCAGGGGAACGUAAGCGGCAAAAGCUACAUACACGGAUAUACAUUUGUGCUUUUUUUAUAUUAUUAUUUUUUUUCAUUCCUUGUGGAUAUACCAAAGGCAAAACGGGAUUGAUGUCAAUUUGAGCGGGAAUGGCUUCUCGGGACCAAUGGGUUACCAUUGGGGGUCUGUUUUUCUCUCUGCUUUGUCUGUGCGGCUGGACUACUGCUCAAAUAUCCUAUUCCAUCUCGGAGGAGGUAGACAAAGGGACCGCGGUGGGAAAUCUCGCAAAGGAUUUAAACCUCAGUGUGCAACAACUCCUGUCCACGGGUCUGCGGAUAAACUCCGCGACGAAAAAGCGGCACUUUGACGUUAAUUUGGAAUCAGGAAUUUUGUAUGUUAGCGAGAGAAUAGACAGAGAGGAGCUGUGUCCGAAUGUGUUGAAAUGUUCUUUAAAUUUAGAAGCUGCGUUAAGUAACCCUCGCAGGCUCCACCAAAUUGAGGUUGUUAUUAAUGAUAUUAAUGACAACGCUCCGGUUUUUAAUCAAGAAAUUACAACAUUAGACAUGUCUGAAUAUUCAUUUCUCGGGGAGCGGCUUCCGAUUCCACUAGCACAUGACGCAGACAUCGGCGCAAACUCAGUGAAGACUUACAAAUUACAUCCGAAUGAAUACUUUGUUUUAGACGUGCAAAACAAUGGGGACAGCGUUUCUGCCGAAUUAUUACUGCAGAAAGCUUUAGAUCGAGAAAAGCAGGCUGUAGUUGACCUCACGCUUAUUGCAGUGGAUGGAGGAAGACCUCCCAAAUCAGGGACCACACAAAUAAAAAUAAAUGUCCUUGAUGUCAAUGACAAUUCGCCCUCGUUUAGCAAAUCGCUUUACAAGGUCCAAGUUGUUGAAAAUGCAGAUAUUGGCACCGCGUUGUUAAGACUGUCUGCUACUGAUUUAGACGAUGGCGUUAAUGGGCAGCUCACGUAUUCUUUUGCUGAGACGGGGCGUUUUAACCCUGAUGACUCGUUUGCACUGAAUGAAAAUACAGGAGAAAUCACCGUUAAAGGUGAUAUUGAUUAUGAGGCAACUCAAGCGUAUGAGAUUCGUGUCCAAGUGCGGGACAAAGGCGUUCCUCCUCGCUUGGCGCACAGCAAAGUUUUAGUGGAAGUCAUUGACGUGAAUGACAAUGCACCGGAGAUCAUUGUGUCAUCUCUCAUGAGUCCCGUGAAAGAGGGUGCUGAGGUCGGCACUGCCGUUGCCAUGGUGAUGGUCACUGAUAAGGAUGGGGGUAAAAAUGGACAAACAGAGUGUAAAAUUGUUGGAUCUGUGCCAUUCAUAUUGAAGUUCAAUUAUAAAAAGUACUACUCAUUGUUGGUUGAUGGGCCACUUGAUAGAGAGGCCACCUCCCAAUAUCUUGUAACACUUACAGCGACUGAUGAAGGAAGUCCACCUCAGUCCACUACAUACGUCAUCACCAUUCAAGUUUCCGAUGUCAAUGACAAUCCACCUCAAUUCAUGGAGCCUGUAAUUAAUGUGUACGUGAAGGAGAAUAGUCCAGUUGGAACAACUAUUCACACUUUGAUGACUACAGAUGCUGAUUUACUUGAAAAUGGAAAAGCAUCUUAUCACUUGAUAGACAGUCAUUUUAAAACAACCCACACGGCUUCAAUGAUAAACAUUAAUUCAGAAAGUGGUCAUAUAGUCAGUUUGCAGUCUUUUGACUUUGAGAAGUUAAAGACGUUUCAGUUCAAAGCUCAGGCCACAGACUCUGGUGUUCCUCCGCUCAGCAGCAACGUCACUGUAAACGUGUUUAUCUUGGAUGAGAAUGACAACAGUCCCAACAUUUUGCCUCCCUAUUCCGAGCAUGGCUCCGUGAACAGUGAAAGUAUCCCCUAUUCUGCUGAAGCGGGAUACUUUGUGGCAAAAAUCAGGGCAGUGGAUGCAGACUCCGGAUACAAUGCACUGCUCUCCUAUCACCUGUCUGAGCCCAAAGGCAACAACAACCUCUUCCGGAUCGGAACCAGCACCGGGGAGAUUCGGACCAAGAGGCGAAUGAGUGACAAUGACCUGAAAAGUCACCCCUUUAAAACUUUUUUUUUAACUCGUUUAUGCAUUGGACCUACUAUUGGGGAUCUAUUUGGAGCAUUGUUGUGUUUUUAG